AUGAGCGGCGGCGUGGACUCGUCCGUCACCGCGGCGUUGUACGCGUCCCAGUACGCCAACGUGCGCGGCAUCUACAUGGCCAACUGGUCGCAGACCGCCAAGUGCACCGAGGCCGACUGGGUGGACGUCAAGCGCGUGUGUGCGCAGCUCGGCGUGCCCUGCGAGCGCGUCAACUUCGAGAAGGACUACUGGAACGACGUGUUUUCGCCCAUGGUCGACAUGUACCAGCAGGGCCUCACGCCCAACCCGGACCUCGGGUGCAACCGGCACAUCAAGUUUGGGCGCAUGGCCGCCCACCUCGGGCUCGGCGAGCCACGCGCCGGCGCCAAGCGCUGGUUGGCCACGGGCCACUAUGCGCGCGUGGUGCCGGAGGCGUCGGGCGUGUGCAGCCUUGCGCAGGCGUCCGAGCCCACCAAGGACCAGCUGUACUACUUGGCCAGCGUGCCGCAGGCGGUGUUGGCGCACGUGCUCAUGCCCUUGGGCCACUACCGCAAGAGCGACGUGCGGCGGCUCGCGAGGGACCGGUUCCACUUGCACACCGCGGCCAAGCCGGACUCCGUGGGGCUCUGCUUCGUCGAGCCGGGGCACACCAAGUUCCGCGAUUUCUUGAACGAGUACAUCGCGCCCAACCCGGGCAACAUCGUCACGGAGGACGGCCGCGUGUGGGGCCGCCACCAGGGCCUCUGGCACGCGACCAUUGGCCAGAAGCUGGGCAUCUCCAUGCCGCAGGGCGACCCUGCUUAUAAGGGCGUGUGGUUUGUCAGCGAGAAGCGCGUGCACUCCAACGAGCUUGUCAUUGUGAAGGGCAGGGACCACCCGGCCUUGUACAAGCAGGGCGUGCGGGUUUGUGACUUCGAGUGGUUUGGGCUGCGGCCAGCCACGCUUCCGAUGGACACGCUUUGCAUGCGGUAUCAGUCGCUCCAUGAGCCGGUGGCCGUGCAGGCGUUGGAGGAAGGCCUGGGCGGCACUGCCACUAUUGUUUUGCAUCGCGGCCAGAGGGCCAUGGCGCCGGGCCAGAACGUCGUGCUUUACGCCGGGCAGAAGGUCGUUGCGAGUGGACGCAUCACCGACACCAUCGCGUGA